GUAUUUUUGCAUUGAUUUGUGAUUUCUAUCCUCGUUUUCGAACGAUCAGCAAUAAUUAUUAAGUUUGACAUUGACAGUCAGAUGACAUUCCGCAGUAUUGAAAAUCUGAAUUUCUUUCGUGGUGAUUUUUCCGAUCGGUACCCCUAUACUUAUUAUACUCUUUGGAUCGGUUCUUCGGCAUGAUUCGCAAAAUAACUGUUCGAUCGUUUUGUUUAGUUGUGCAUUGUGUGUUUUCUUAAACACAUAUUUGUUGUAAGGGUGUUUUUCUUUAAUUUGUUUCGAUUAAUGCGUUGUAAAGUGAAUUGUGAUAGGUUAUGUUAUGCCCUUUGAAUUUUCAGGGUGAAAAGUAAUCACCACAACAAUGGACCCAAACAUCUAUGCUCUGGUCCUUGACACUUUAAACCGUGCAACCAGCCAGGACCCAGACGUUUUAAAACCAGCUGAAAAGAAACUUCAAGAAUGGGAGGUGGAACCUGGCUUUUAUUCUGUACUCCUGAAUGUCCUGUCAAACCACUCGAUAGACGGAAAUGUCCGGUGGUUGGCAGUUAUGUGUUUCAAAAACGGUGUCGACCGAUAUUGGAGGAAGACUGCUCCUAAUGCCAUCACGGAGGAAGAGAAGCUGAAGUUGAGACAAGGUCUCCUCACAACGAACAUACUGAGUGAACCAGUGGCCCAGAUUGCUACACAACUUGCUGUACUAAUAUCUAAGAUUGCUAGGUUUGACUGUCCAACAAACUGGCCAGAUUUGGUGCCCGAGUUAAUGGGUGCUUUAAAGGCUCCCCAGCCAUUAAUGCAGCACCGGGCUCUACUGAUCUUCCAUCAUGUGGUCAAAGCAUUGGCUUCUAAAAGGCUUGUCGACGAACGACGUACAUUCCAGGAACUAACAAACACAGUAUACUCGUUCAUUCUAAACCUUUGGCACGAGAACACGGAGCUAUUCCUCCGCCACAUACAAGAGGGUGCGGCCACAGAGCUGAUAACGGAGCACUUAGAGAAGGCACUCCUCUGCCUCAGGAUAUUAAGGAAACUGACUGUGUUUGGUUUUAAGAAGACACACGAAAGCCAGGACGCAAUGGCAUUCUUGAAUGUCGUUUUUGACCGUGCUAAGACCAGUUUGGAAUGCAGAAAACUAUUAAAAGGUAGAGGUAUUUAUCCUCUGGAGUUGUGCGAGAAAUUCAUAAUACACCUUACUAAGGUGGCUUUAGGGGUGUUAUCUGCACAACCAUUCUCCUACGUACCUCUGAUCAGGCCAUCUUUGGAGUUCGCACUGUACUACUGUUUUACUGAACAAGGAAUGGCCCUCAUAUACGAAAGGUUCACUAUUCAGUGCCUGAAUAUUGUAAAGGGGAUUCUUCAGUGUUUGGAAUAUAAACCGCCUAAAGGCAAGGAAGCAUUGCCGACUCUCCAAGCUCACCAGGCAAAGAUGGAAGUAUUAGACCCGAACACGCUCUGCCACAUGUGUAGGCACCUGGUCUCUCAUUACUUCCUACUCAGUGCUGAUGACCUGGCACUCUGGGACGCCGAGCCAGAGAGCUUCGCCACUGAUGAGGCGGGUGAAUCCUGGAAAUAUAGCUUGAGGCCUUGCACAGAAGCAUUGUUCUCAGAGCUGUUUCAGUUCAGGAGUGUAUUAGCUCCGGAGUUAGUGCGAAUGUUAGCGAACUUACAGACUCAGCAGAUCUCUCCCGACGACCUUCCUGGCAUAUUGAAGAAGGAUGCUAUUUACAAUGCCGUCGGAUUGGCUGCCUUCGAUUUGUAUGACGAUGUCGACUUCGACGAAUGGUUCACGAAUGUAUUAAGUCAAGAAUUAAAAAUUAAGGACAACAAUUAUAGAAUAAUACGAAGGAGGGUUUGUCAACUAAUUGGUCAAUGGUGUGGUGUUCGUGCAUCACAGUCGUUGAGGCCAGCAAUGUAUGCUGCCCUACUAGAACCCCUCAGUAGUCCGGACGAGGACGCCGCAGUAAAGCUUGCAGCGGCCGAGGCACUGAGGAGUACGAUCGACGACUUCAACUUUGACGUGGAACAAUUUGCACCGUUCGCUCCGCAUGCGAUCGCUGCGCUCUAUGAGCUCCUGGUGGAGUCGGAAGAGAUGGACACGAAGAUGCACGUGCUGCACGUGGUGUCGUUCGUGACGGAGCGCAUGGGCGGGCGCGUGGCGCGCGGCGGCGCGGCGCAGCUGUUCGCGUACCUGCCGCAGCUGUGGGCGCACGCCACGGCCGCCGCGCACAACAUGCUGCGCGCCGCCGCGCUCGCCGCGCUCGUACAUCUACUCAAGGCUCUAGGGGAAUGUCCCCCAAACAUUCGGCCCUGGAUUCUGAGUGUGGUGAACGAGUCCACCAAGCUUACAGAGCCGGCGCACGUAUACCUACUGGAGGACGCGCUGGAACUGUGGCUCGCUGUACUGGAGACCUCACAGGCGCCGGACCCUGUCACACUGCAGCUAGCUGAGAAUUUGUACCCGAUAUUAGAGCAAUCAUCGGAACAUCUAAGGAUAGUAGUGUACAUAAUGCAAGCCUACACCCUCCUGUGUCCUGAGGAGUUCCUCUCAGCUGCGGGAGGGAAGUGCAUGGAACUCCUGGAGGACAUGUUGAGUGAUAUGAGGACCGAGGGAGUCAUCACAGUACUGAAGAUGGCUGAAAUCUGCAUUAGUGUCAGUUUUCCUGAGAGGAACGCCUUCUUGGGAGUCAAGGUCAUCUGGCCAAUACUUAUUAGAGUUAUACACUGGUUACUCGAAGCUGAUGACCUUCCAAUAGUCCUAUCAGUUCAGUUAUGUCUGGUGUCCCGUGUUAUCCUGCUAUCAACGGAUCUGUUCUACAAAGCGAUCCAAGAGGCCGCCACGGUCGUCUCUGACUACGACUCAGACCCCGCCAAGUUGCUGAACAAGUUCCUACACGUCUGGACUGAAAAGAUGAAUCUAGUUACACAAGUUGAGAGGUGGAAAGUUGUCGGCCUAGGUCUAGCCGCGCUGUUGACGACGCAGAACGCGACAGUGUUGCAGCGGUUCCCCGCCAUACUACUGAACCUGGCCGAGGUACUCAACGACGUCAUGAAGUCUGAGGAAAACGGCACGUAUAUAGAUCCGUCCGAUUUUUCCGCCAGUGGUCUACUGGCUCCGCCGGGGUCCCGGCCGGCGUCGCCGCUGGAGGGGCGCGGGGGCGCGGCGCGCUGGGGCGAGGCGGGCGGGGGCGCGGGGGGCGCGGGGGGCGCGGAGUACCCGCACGAGCUGCGCCGGCGCGCGCUGCUGGCCACGCACCCCGCGCACACCAUCGACCUGCGUGCCGUCAUACAUCUACAGUUGGAGACGUUGAAGAACCAGGUAGGAGCUGAGACAUUCGACCGACUGUUACAGUCCGCGGACAGAGAAACACUACAGCAGAUAAGGGAAUACAUACCACUCUAAAUAUCCAUGUAAAAUUCAUAUUAUAACCUAUGCAAGCACAUCAAAGUACCCUUUAAUCAAUUUGCAACCUUAUCAACAUUGUUAUGAAGUUGAAAAUUGAUAGUUAUUGUAGCAUAGCUUGAAAUACUGUUUAUACUUUGUACUUGCCAUUGGCUUAUGAAACCUAAGUUUCCUGUAAUGUAUAAUCAUCAUAAUUAUUAUUAUCAGUUCUAAGAUGGCCAUUGCUGAACAUAGGUACUGACUCUCAGAUCGACUGAUUGGAAGCGACCUGUAUCCAGUUGCUUCCUGUAACCUUUAUGAUUAGAUUUGCAUAUUAGUAUAAUGUAUCCUUGAUAUUUACAAGUGACAUUUAAUUACUAUACGAGCCCAGUUAUAUUAAUAAUAAAAAUACAAACUUGAUUGGACAAUUUGAGUCAAUUUAGAUCUUUCAAAAUAAGUUCUUAUGGAAAAAAUGCUAGAAAUUAAAGGCAGGUAUACUAGUACCAGUAUAAUAUAAACUAAAUUAAUCAUGACAUUUUGGACUCCGGAAGUAGGCCUAAAUAAGCUAAUGGCAAGCGAGAUAGCGAUGUUAGAAUGAGAAGCGAAAAUUAACUUAAAUUACAUGAUUAGAAGGUUGAAUUUACCGAGAUUACACAUGUAGAAGAGUGAAACAUGAAUAAUAUUGACGUCCAGCCGAAUUAUAAAAUGGUUGGUAAUAUGAUAAAAGAUUAUAAUCAUAGAAUCUCUAUUUACCACACAGGUAGUAAGGUCUUUUUAUUUAAGAACUACGUAUUUUAUGUAGAGCUGCUCCAAGAUUUUGUCCUAGGUCGUGGAUGCGUUUAUAAACAAAUUCACACACUCCAGACUCUCGGGGAUUAUUAUUAUUAUUACAAUGGAUUGUUUCAUUUCGCAAUAGCCGCUUGCCGCACGAAUAGUGCAGUCUUUAAAACAAAUCAAUUUUUAAUAUUAUUAGACAUUAUUUUUGGAGUUUAUGUAAAAAAUCGAGGGUGAUUCAGAGAUCUUGGAUAAAAAUUGGAUAUUAAUUUCCGUCGUGAAGACACUUAUUUAGAUCUACUUGAUGAUGAAAACCUCAGUCGUUUAUUAACUCAUUCUAACAUCCUAUUUCCAGAAAAGUAUUAUUUUUAAUUCCAUCGUCGUAAUACAUGUUGUUGCAGAGCCAUUGUUUAUAUUUGUACAUUUUCUAACACUUAUUUCAAAGUGUUUAAAGUUGAAAUUCGCUUUUAUAUGAAGAGUUACAUAUAUUCUUUUUAUAAUUUCACUUACAAUGAUGCUUCUUUUGACUGUUAGGACAUUGGGAUACCAUGGUCGCACGACCAGUUGCGCAACAAAAAUAUAUUAUACUGGGGGGAUUUGGUCGUCGAUAAUCGAAAACAUUUAUUAUUAUGUUUUUCGGUUUACGUAAUUAUUUGACGAGGAACUCGACUAGUGUCAGCGGCGUGACGG